UCGAGGGGUGUCAGCUCUGUGUCCUGCGCAGCGAUGGGGCCCGGGGGGAUGCCGGGGGCCGGGAGGCGCUGGGCUGGGGCUGUGCUGGUGACACUGGCGGUGCUGGGACCCCACGUGGCUCGUUGCACGGAGCCCCCAGAGCAUUUCCUCUACCAGUUCAAGUCGGAGUGUCUCUACACCAACGGCACCCAGCGCGUGAGGUUUCUGGAGAGGCUCAUCUGGGACCAGCAGUUCGCUCACUUCGACAGCGACCUGGGCGUGUAUGUGGCUGACACGGAGCUGGGGGAGCCUGACGCCAAGUCCUGGAACAGACAGAAGGAGUGGAUGAAGUACAACCGGGGUGAAGUGAACAGGUUCUGCCGAUGCAACUACAGGGUGGCUGAGCAAGGCCACGCGAUCGACCGCAGCGUGAAGCCCAAGGUGAAAGUCUCCCCAACAAAAUCAGGGGCCCAGGCCCACCCAGACACAUUGAUUUGCUCCGUGAUGGGGUUUUACCCCGGUGGGAUCGAGGUGAAAUGGUUGAAGAACAGGCAGGAGCAGACGGCCGGAGUGGUGUCCACGGAGCUGAUGCAGAACGGAGACUGGACCUUCCAGAUCCUGGUGAUGCUGGAAAUGACCCCCCGGAGCGGGGACGUCUACACCUGCCAAGUGGAGCACAGCAGCCUGCCGGGCCCCGUCACCGUGCUCUGGGAGGCGCAGGCAGACUCGGCCAGGAGCAAGAUGCUGACAGGGGUCGGGGGCUUCGUGUUGGGGCUGAUCUUCCUGGCGCUGGGACUCCUCGUCUUCCUGAGGAACAAGAAAGGCCGCCCCGUUCCCCAGCCAACAGGGCUCCUCAGUUAGAUCCUGCAGCUUCGGGGCCUGCAUUGCCCAGCGUGAUUCUCCAGCCCCGUCUCCUGGCACCUGUCCCUGUGUCUGGAGCUGUUCUCACUUUCCCUCCGUCCUCCCAUGGACCCCUGGGGAUGACUCCUCAGAGUUAACCCUUUAUCUGCCUACGCCUGCACCACAUCUGCACUCAGAAAUGCUACUGCUUUGUUGGCAAACUUUCCUCUGCUGUGAUCAGGCACUGACUGAAUGAGUCCGGUGCAGCUGAGGCACUUUGCACUGAAGAGUUGGUCCCUUGGGUCUAGCUCUCCUUUGUAAAACAGCAGACAGCAGAGAGGGGUCUGGGGCUGAGGGACUCCUGUGAAGGUGUGAGGGCUCCCCAGAGUGUCCCAUAAAGGGUGGUACUGUGGGCUGGUGGAGCACCUCUGAGCUUGAGGUGAGGGCAGGGAUAACGUUGGGGCUUUCAGGAACCGGGGGAACCCGGCACAGAGAGAUGUGCCUAGAGCUGCGCUGAGACUUGUGCCCCAGGAGAGCAAGGGCCAUGUCUCAUUCUGCAGCUCCAAGUUGUUGGAGCCCCUUAAUCCCCCUCCCCGGUGGGAGCCAGGGGGUCUCCCACACACACUCUGGAGACCUGAGGAGGAGGAAUUUCCUGAGGGCUGAGGUCCCGUCCAGGCCUGAAUCCACACAGCCCUCCUUCAUGUAUAGUGCCCCUCAGGGGCUAGGCCGGGUCUAGGUCUCUUCCCCCAGGGGCAGAGGGCCCUGUAGCCAAGUCAGGCAGUCUCCAGCCCCUUAACUGCAGCUGAUGCCUCCUCCCUCCCCAUGGCUGCCAGAGUUUCAUAGUUGGUUCGGUCAGGAGGGAUCUGAGCAGAUCAUCAAGUCCAACUCCCUGCCAUGCGCAGGAAAGGAUGCUGGGGUCAAACGACCCCGGCAAGGUGUCUAUCUAGCCUCCUUUUAAAGACCACCAGGGUAGGAGCCAGCACCACUUCUCUUGGAAGUUGGUUCCAGAUCCUAGCUGCCCGGACAGUGUAGUUCCUGCUGAUGUCUAGCCUGAAUCUACUCUCAGUCAACUUGUGGCCAUUAUUCCUUGUUAGUCCCAGUAGUGCUCAGGGGAACAGGGACUCUCCCAUUGCCUGCUGGUCCCCCUUGGCCAGUUUAUAGAUGGCCACCAGAUCCCCUCUCAGCCUUCCCUUGUGGAGGCUGAACAGGUUCAGGUCCCGUAGCCUCUCCUCGUAGGGCCUGCCCUGCUCCCCCCAGAUCAUGUGGGUGGCCUCCUCUGGACCCUCUCCAUGCUGUCCCCAUCCCUCCUGAAGUGCAGUGCCCAAAACUGGAGGCAGUACUCCAACUGCAGCCUGACCAGUGCUGCAUAGAGGGGGAGGAUCACCUCCUUGGACCUGCUCAUGAUGCAUCUGUGGAUGCACGACAAGGUGCGAUUAGCCUUCCUGACCGUGUCCCCACACUGUCGACCCAUGUUCAUUUUGGCAUCAAUACUGACUCCAAGAUUCUUUUCUGCCUCUGCACUGACGAGAAGGGAGUUCCCCAGCCUGUAGGUCUGCUGCUGGUUCUUCCUCCCCAGGUGCAGCACCUUGCACUUGUCAGUGUUGAAUCCCAUCUUAUUCUCAUCCGCCCACCCCUGUAACCUGUCCAGAUCCAAUUGCAGCCUUUUCCUCCCUUCUAGCAUGCCCACUUCUCCCCACAUCUUAGUGUCAUCUGCAAAUUUGAACAAGGUGCUUUUCACCCCCUCGUCCAAAUCACUGAUGAAGAUGUUGAACAGUGCGGACCCGAGGACCGAGCCCUGGAGGACCCCACUGCCCACAUCCCUCCAGGUCGAAUAGGACCCGUCCACUACCACUCUCUGGGUGCAAUCGUCCAGCCAAUUGGUGACCCAUCUGACUGUGUAACAUUGACACCACAAUCUCCUAAUUUUUUAAUGAGAAUGGGGUAAGAGACAGUGUUGAAGGCCUUCCUGAAGUCCAGAAAGACUACGUCCACCGCGACACCUGCGUCCAAGGAUUUUUUGACCUGGUCAUAGAAGGCCACCAGGUUGGUCUGACAGGACCUGCCCCUAAUGAACCCAUGCUGGUUGCCCCUAAGCAUAACCUCCCCUGCUUGCCCCUCGCAGAUGUGCACCUGGUUAAUUUUCUCAAAGAGCUUCCCUAGGACCGAGGUAAGACAAACAGGCCUAUAGUUUCCUGGGUCCUCCUUCCUCCCUUUUUUGAAAAUGGGGACCACACUGGCCCUUUUCCAGUCCUCUGACACCUCGCCAGAGCACCACGAAUGCUUGUAAAACUGUGCGAGGGGUCCUGCAAUGACCUCUGCUAAUUCCCUCAGCGCUCUGGGGUGGAGAUUGUCAGGACCUGCUGAUUUGAACACAUCCAGUCCCUCCAGAAGUUCCCUAACUAGGUCCUCACUGACCCUGGGCCUGGCUGCACCUCCCCUGGGACCAUCAGGGAUCCCGGUAGGGGGCAUGACUUGGUUCCUGCUCAGAAACAUGGAGGCAAAGAAAUUGUUAAAUAUGAUAGCUUGUCAUCUGGUGUGACCACAGGAUUUCCAAGUGUGUCCUGAAGAGGCCUCACAUUACCCAGUACCUUCUUUUUACCCGCUAUGUAUUUAAAGAAGGAUUUCUUGUUAUCCGUGAUCGGGGUCGCUAGUCCCAGUUGCAUCUCCGCCUUAGCCUUCCCAACAGCACCCGUACAAUCCCAAGCAAUGGAGGUAUACUCCUUCCUGGCGAUGGCCCCUCCCUUCCAUUGGGUGUACGCCUCCUUCUUAGCUUUGAGAUGUUCCUGCAUGCUUUUGGUGAGCCAUGGGGGCAUUUGAGCACUCUUGCCCCCUUUGAUCCAUGUUGGGAUUGCCACCCUUUGGGCUUGGAGGAUUGUCUUCUUCAGGAACGACCACCCUUCUUGGACUCCCAACUCCCCUUCCCUCAGGGUCCUCAGUGCCUUCCCAACUAUUCUCCUUACCUCAUUGAAAUCUGCCCUCCUGAAGUCCAGGGCCGCUGCCUUGCUGCAGGCCUUUGCCACCUUGCACUGGAUGGUGAAUUCCAGCAGGCGAUGAUCGCUGUCGCCCAGGUGGUCGAGCACCCACAGUCCCCUCACCAGGUCGUCGCUUGUGGCCAGACCAGAUCCAACAAGGCAUUUCCCCUGGUGGGGCUGUGCACCUCCUGGGUUAGAUGGAGGUCAUGUAACAUGGCUAGGAACCUAUAUGAGCAGUCAGAGCUGGCUGACUGCUCUUCCCAGCAAAUGUCUGGGUAGUUUAGGUCACCCAUGAUGACCACGUCCCUUGACUUAACUGCAUCCAUGAGCCGACGUGAGAAUUCCCAGUCUAGCUCUUCCCCUGGUUGGGUGGUCUAUAGCAGACCCCACCGUCAAGUCCCUUUCCCCCGACCCCUUUGUAUUCUAACCCAGAGCACUUUAGUCUGCCCCUCCUCUGAGCCCAUCCUGUUAGUUGAGGACGUGUAUUGCUCUUUGACACAGAGCGCCACACCUCCAGCUUUCCUCCUUCUUCUAUCCCUCCUGUACAGCCUAUAGCCCCUGAUGUUCACCACCCAGUCGUGUGUUGGAUACCACCACAUUUCGGUGAGCCCCACUAUGUCUGGGUUGGUUUCAGCUAGCAGGAGGGCAAGUUCCUCCUGCUUGUUCUCCAUACUACGAACAUUAGUGUAUAGGCAUUUAAGGCCUCCUGAAGGUGUAUGCCCCCUUCCCCCCCAAUCCCAGGACUAUCCAGGUCUGUUACCUGGGUAUUUCUUGUGCUCAUCGUCAGUCUUGGCUGGGCUGUUCCUGUGGGCAACAAUUGGUUUGGUGGUCCAGGACUCCCUCCGAUCUCGUCCUCCCUUUCCCCUGGUGAGCUUAGUUUAAAGAGGUCUUGGUGGAAGAGAUUUUCCCUUCCCACUCCUCUCUCAUCAAAUCGAGAGGACCUCGAACUCGCCUCCCGAACAUCAACUCAAACAGUGAGAACCCAGUGGACUCCUGGGGCACCUCCCAACAGGCAAAGAGCAAAUGUGGCAGUUUCUCAUCCCAGUCACUGGGAUUAGAGUCCACAUAGGCCUUUAGCAUCCCUUUCAAGGUCCCAUUGGACCUUUCUAUGAUCCCAUUUGUCUGAGGGUGGUAGGCUGUGGUCUUGAGCUGUUUCACGCCACAGCAGUCCCACAGGCACUUCAUCACCUCCACCAGGAAGUUCCCACCCGGGUCCAUCAGGACCUCGGAGGGAAAACCCAGCUGGAAGAAGAUCUUAGUUAGGGUGUCAGCAACUACAGGUGCCUCGGUGAAGGUCAAGGCAACUGCCUCUGGGUACCGAGUUGCGAAAUCCACUAGAGUCAGUAUGUAUUUCUUCCCUCUACGAGUCUUAUGCCUCAGCGGUCCCACAAUGUCUAUCCCCACUCUUUGGAAGGGUUGAUCAAUGAUAGGGAGGGGCUGAUGGGGAGCCUCUCUCUUGUCCCCACUUUUGCCCGUCCUCUGGCACGUCUGGCAAGAUCUGCAGUAGUCUGUCACAUUCUGGGCAAUUCUGGGCCAAUAAAGUUUGCCUGCAGCUGCUGGUGUGUCCGUUCCCUGCCCAUGUGAACAGCACACAGUAAAUCAUGAGCCAUGGAAAGCAAAUGUUGUCUGAACUUCCAAGGUACUACGAGCUGGCGAUGGGGUUCUCAGGUCUCAGCAUGGUUCUUUGGUACCCACAACCAAUAGAGGAGUCCCUAAUCCCAGACCACCUGUUCCCUCUUAUCUGGUGUGAACUCUGUCUCUUGCUCCUGAGCCAUCUGCCGGAGUCCCUCCAAGCUGGGGUCCUCCUGAACCUCCCGCUUGAACUCCUCUUGCCCAGCUAGGCAAUCCGCAGAGAGUUCUGGCACUCCUGUAAGGAGUGCGCCUGCACCCUUGGGGAUUUCUUUAUCUUCUCCCCAAGAGUCUCAGUUUCCUCUGCCACUGACUGACCAGACUCCUCCCUGGGACUGUCACUUAACCCCACCUCGAGGUCACUGGUUUCUUCAAUGGCCAGGGUCUGAUUUCAGUCAGAGGGAGUCAGAGUCUCUCCUUCCUCCCCCUCUGCCUCCAUAGCCAAUUCGGUGACCAGGCCCUGGGAAGUUUCCACCCCUCCCACCUUAGCCUUUCUGCUCUAUUGGCUAGUCAAAACAUUAACCCGGUAGGGUUCUAGCUCUAGGAGGUGGCCCUCCUCCCUGUGCAGGUAGUCAAGCUCUAUAAUAUCAUGUCCCUCCAGGAUGGGGACAGGAGCCCCUUCCAGCACCCCCAGUUCUAUGCACAUCCUGCAGUCUCUCCUCUUGAUGGGGGGACAGGUUGCUAGUACCUCAAAUGGUGGUGACCCCACCCCUUGAAUGGUAAGUGUCCUCCCUGAGAUUAUAUUUGCAGGUGACAUUAGGUUGGCAUUGAUUAAUGACCCACUGGACCCCGAGUCCCGUUCCCCAACAAGGGUUCUCCCGUUUACCGUUAUCUUAGUCAGGCAGAAGGCCGUCACCUCCUCUGGGUUUGUAAUCCUGUAGCAACAGGCACGCCCCUCAGAGUGGCUCGGGUCUCCCUCCUCACUGCUUACAGCUGUUGCAUGUCUGACGGGCUUGGGUUUGGUGCUUAGCUUUGGGCAGUUGGGCUUGACGUGGCCCGGCUCCCUGCAGUUAUAGCACCCCUUCUUUCCCGAAUUGGGUGGUUUGUCCGAAUCUGGGGCUGCCUUGCACUCAGCAGUAGGUGGCCCUUGUGACCGAUAAGACUUGAAAACCCGGCCACGUUCCGCCUUGCUUUGUGCAGUGGGUGGUGUUCGCCUUGUAGAUUCCUGUUGCUGACUGAGUAGUUGCUCACUCCUGAGGUAGUUUGCCCUUAUCUCUCCUGCCAUGACUUUGAAUGUUCCCAGUGGGGGGCUGACUCCUCGGGGUCUCUCGGCGGCACACAGUCUGCCCGACAGUCACUAACAGGGCUCUGCCAACCCUACACCCCAUCCUUAUACCACCUAACCGGUUAGAUUGGCCAAGUCCCUCUUCCGCGUUGUAACCACGGGUUUCAUGGUUGUUUCCUGUCCCAGACUCCUUUGUUCUAGGAGGUCCUGACUGUAGAACCUGUGCCUGGUUAGCACUUAUCCCGGUCUUCUGGAUUCAAUCAGAAUGUAGAGUUCUGAAGUCUUUGCCCCAAGCACCCGGUUAACUGGGCCCGUUCUCUUUCUCUCUCAACCCCUUCACCCAGGGAAACAUAAAAAACAGAAGCACACCAUAGAGCUCUGAGGUCCUUGUUUUCUCCCCCUCCGGGUGCUCCGUUUAGCUAGACCCAUCCUCUCUCCCUCUCAACCCCAUUCACUCGGGGAAACGUAAA